UCCAACUAUUUCAAUUUCGAUUUCGUCUUUCGAAUUCCACUUUGUGUUUUUUCGUGUGUGUAUCUGCAACUGCAACAGCGAGUAGAGAGUGCAACUGUGUGUGUGUGUGUGUUUAGAAGAAAACUAUCUGCAGUUCAGUGUAAAAUGCAGUCAACGUGAAACGAAGCAAAACAAAUUCAAUUAAAGCGCAACAAUCAAUAAAAAUUCAAACGAAAUAUGGAGCAUACUCAAGUGGACUUAAUCAGCAAUUCUUCAGCGCCAGCGAGUCCUGGCGAAGAAUGCGGAUGUGUGCGUCUGGGCAAAUGCAAAUGGUUCAAUGUGGCCAAAGGCUGGGGUUUUCUCACGCCCAACGACGGCGGCCAAGAAGUCUUUGUGCAUCAGAGUGUUAUACAAAUGGCUGGCUUUCGCUCGCUGGGCGAACAGGAGGAAGUCGAGUUCGAGUGUCAGCGAACUGCGCGCGGUUUGGAGGCGACUCGCGUCUCGGGAAGACAGGGCGAGAAUUGCCAUGGCAGCACCUACAGGCCACGCAUCAAUCGCAAAACUCGCCGCAUGCGGUGCUACAACUGCGGCGAAUUCGCCAAUCACAUUGCCUCGGAGUGCGCGCAAGGACCUCAGCCAAAGCGCUGCCAUCGCUGUCGCAGCGAGGACCAUUUGCACGCCGACUGCCCGCAUCGCAACGCAACUGUGACACAAACCGAAAGGAGCAGGAGCAAAAGCAUCACCAGCAUAGAGGAAGCCGUGGAAGCUUUAACUGUGUCCACAACUCCCUAGCCCCAGAAAGAAAAAGCUUAAACUAGC